AAAAGCUUCUCUAAUACUCUUUCCCAGAUAUCUCCUUCAAGCUUCUCUCUACACACUCCGGACGAACUUCUCUGGCCUCUAAAUCCCUGGCAGAACCUUAAAAACGACAUCGUCAAAAGCUAACGCCACUCGCGUCCGCCGCUAAAACCACCGAUUCACAGUCACAGUAUUCCAUUUUAUGCAGGCAGAUUGUUGCAAUUAAUCGUAACCCAAAUGUCCAUUCUGCAAUAAGUUAAGGAUUUUGGGCGUUUUUACUUCGGUAACUUCCAAAAUUAAAACCGUCUGAUUCUUCUUCUUCCUAGGUGUGACUAGGCUUCUCCGGGCGAUUACACACUGGGCAAUCGAAAUUUGAGGGAAUUGAAGAAACCCUAUGGCUUAGUUCAACUCUAAAAAGGUUCUGAUUCUCGAUCGGCAAUUGAAGAAGACGAGAUCUGUCAGAUGGAGGGGAACUUGGAGAAGUCACCACAGCUUGGUUCUCCUGAUGAGAUAGAGGCUAAGUAUAUAUCUGGGCUUAGUACUGUCCUGGUUGCCACCGUGCAGGAAGCUAAAGAUAGGAUUUCUCAGAUUGAGUAUGUCUUCUGCAGUCAGUUGUAUCCUCAUUUUCAAGCCAAAUCGAAAACCCUCCAGAAACUUUACUCCGAGGCCAGAGAAUCUGUUGAAAAUCAUUUCAUCGAGAAAGAAAAGGAUCUUUUGGUUCAGAUUGAAAAGCUUCAGCAGGAGAAGCAACAGCUUUGUGAUGAAAUGAGUGUUCUGAAGUUGGGGAGGGAAGAGUUUGAUAAAAUUGGCUUGUCACCUGAUGAGGUCCGCAAACUCCAGAAAGAAUUAAAUAGCAAGAAUUUUUGGGUUACACACUAUGAAGCUAAAGUGAGGGAAUUGGACAAGACAAUCGACCUUAAAGAUGAAAUAAUAGAAUUCAAGACGAACAAGUUUGAUGAAUGGCAUGGUAAAUAUUUUGACCUUAGAGACCAGUACAGAAAGGAAGUAGAAGAACUGAAAUCAGAGUUAGCAAACCAGACUAAGAUUGUCGAUGCAGGAAUGUAUUUGCAGAAUGAACUUCUUCGGGUGCUUCAGUCAUACGCACCUAUAGCAGCAGAUAAGGAAGAACCCUUGGAAGGUCUGAAAGAUAAGGCAGACUUACUUCUAGGCAGAGUUAAGGAUAUGGUUAAAAAGAUUUCUGAACUUCAAAAGGACCUCAAACACAAGACUCAGGAAGUUGAGAAGGGAAGAGUGGUGGAAACUAAUCUUCUUAGAAAAAUCGAAUCACAAGGUGCAGAAAUAAUGGACUACGAACAACAGUCAAGCGGUUUUGAAAAGGAGAAAAAAGUAUUUACUACCAAGCUGGAGAGCUUGGAGAAUGAUGUUGAUUCACUGAGGAAAGAGAUAAGUAAGAAAAAUGAUGAAGUUGAAGAAGGAAGAAAAGUAAAGGAGCAGCUCAUCCAGCAAAUAGAUCUGCAUAAUCUAGAAAAGGUCCAGCAGGACCAGAAAUAUGAAGAGCUCAAGAAGGAGAAGCUGCAGCUUCUGGCUAAACUAGCAGGCUCAAUAGAGAAAUCUGAUAUCUGUCAAGCUACUGCACAUAAGAGAGGCGUGGAAUCAUCAGAGGAUACGGAAUUGAAUAGGAAGUUACUUCAGGAGAUUGAAGCUAAAGACUCACAAUUGAUGUUUGAAAAGCAGAAGAGAAAGGAUGUCAUUGUUGCUUAUAAGAAGUUGAAAUCUCAAUACAACUUUUUAUGUUCAAAAUAUGGUCUUACAAAAGAAAAUGCAACCCCGCUAGAUAGAAAGGAAGAAGAAAGUGAUUCUUUGAGGCAUAAUCAGCACAAACUACUUUCAGCUGAUCAAAAUGCUCAUGGUGUUUCUAGUGAGGCAAGUAGUGCAAAAAGUGGAGAAGAAGGGUUGGAUAACGAUAAGGGAGUUCAAAGUAUUCAAAGAUCAAACUCUGUGUCACCUUCUUCAACAAAAUUUGUCCAGCCCAAAUCUGCAACAAAAGUCAAGUCCUGCCCACCAGCUGGAACUAAGCGUCCUGUUUCUUAUUGGAGGGACACCAGGUCCCAUCAAAGUCGAGUUGGGCCUGAUCUUCAUGAUGAUUUCCUCGAUACCCCUUUGGAGAAAAUCCGAGAAGAUAUGGGUAACGGUAAAAAAGAUGGAGUUUUGUUUCCUGAGAAACUAGGUUCAAACGACUCGGAUUUUGACAACUCUGAUGAUGAAACACAGGACAUGGAUGUUGAGCAUAAAUUAGAAAGGCCCCGAUUUCCAUCUUCAGGACCUGGUACAUCAGAUUUCAAGUAUGUGGAACCUGUAAGAAAGAAAAGUGCUAGGGAAAAUUUGAAAGGAAUUGAAUGCAAGCAAUGUAAAAAGUUCUAUGAUGCUGUGCUCCCAAAUGAAAGCAAAGAUGCGGAUGGGAAUGCUCAGAACCUUCGCUGCGAGCAUCACGAUGGGGUUUCUCGCCACCGCUAUAGGUACGCUCCACCUCUGACUCCUGAGGGCUUUUGGAAUAUCGGAUUCGAGUCAGAAAUGUGAUCUCCAGUUGUAUGAUGUGUUCGUGGAACCAUUACAUUCCAUUCUUAUGAUUCCCUUAAACAAAAUAUUGGAAAAUUAAGGAAAAGCCAUGUUUCAGAAAUGUGUUGUAUCGCAUGCUGUAUGUCGUAAUCUAGUCCUAGAUGAACUAUUGUUUCAACUGAGGGCGUAAAGAGAAGUUUGAAUUCUUUGAUAAGAAAGUUCUGUUCUUUAUUUUGAGGAAUGCACGCCCUUGAGCAAACAGAAAAACAUCAAAACUGCUGAGCAACUCUUUCCUCCUUAAAGUUCAUUAUUUCAGUCGCGGUAUUCAUUUUAAGGAACGUGGAUACUGAAAUUCUGAAUGAGAUGCUCUAGGGUGGAAACUCUGAAAGAAAUGCCUGUCGCAAAGAAGGAUCAUCAGGAAUCCUUUGAACAUUCGUUCCUCUUUAUUAUAUGACUAUACUUCUUCAACCUUUUGUUAAUUAAUCGGAUUAUAAGGCUGCAUAAAGGGAUUUGGUCGAGAUGAUUCAGAUGUGCAUAGAUGAUUGUUUGUUUUACAUCAUGAUUCAGUAGUUCCCGAAACAGGAAAUAUAGCAAGAUUCAUCCUCCCAUUUUCAUUUCAUUGGCAAGCACCAAGCGAGGGUUAUCACAAUCACAAAUCCUUCGAAUUUUGACCACCAUCAUUGAAUUCUUGCAGCUCUUUGUACUUUGUCCCCGUCAAAACACAUAUCAACCAUUUUAGGGAGUAAAAUACGCGAUAACUUUCAGGUUGGGGGUGACUUAGGAUUUCAGUGGUUAAUGGUUUCCUGCAUUGCCGAGGAUAUCGACAUAUAUCAUACAUCAGGAUCUUAUCUGUUCCAUUUUCAUAUAGUCAUGUGACAAAAUUUAACGAUGAUCGAGCUGGGUUUGUCGCGAAAUCUGUGGGAGUUCAACAGAGGGUCUUGAGAUCGGCAGAUGAGAUUUAGGAUCAUCCUUAAAGGGCUGAAUGCAUAUUGAAGGGUUGCUUGUCUGAGAACAGGUUUUUUUUUUUUAAUCAGCUGAUCUACAUCUUUUGUGUAGGUGCUAGUUUUCGAUCCUAACAACACAAUUUGUACCAAAUGGACACAACCCCUGGUGGUCUAUUACUAACCAUUUCGUUGGUGCCAUUUUUCCUUCUUGAAUUUUAAAGUUUUGUUCAAUUUAUAUAUUCGGUUAGUUGGACAUAGAACUCGAAAUACUCAGCUGUCUCUAACCAAUUGCUCUUAUUGUAUUAAAAUAACUCUGUAAAUAGAGCAAUAAUUCUAGAUAUCGA